AUAGCAUACAACCCACAACCAUUGUCCUUACACUUCCUCUACUGCAAUAUCAGCAAUCAAGUUUCUUUCUUCCUCUCCUUUUUUCUAUAGUCCAAAUUAAUUACUUAGUAAUCAAGAAAUGGAGGCAAUGAAGAUGAACCUUUUUGUUGCUUUGUUGGUGGUUAUGAUGGUGGCCUUCUCAGGCAUUCAACAAGUAGCUGCAGCUGCAGCUGAAGCUCCAGCUCCAAGCCCAACAUCUGAUGCCUUCACAUUUGCCCCCACUUUCUUUGCUUCUCUGGCAGCUUUGGCUUUUGGCUUAUUCUUCUAAGCAUGGUUCUUUUGGGGGGAAUUUCAGGUUAUGUAUUGUUGAUGGAGUUGUAUGUGUGUGAAUGAUCUUUUCGUUUUGGUGGAUUUGUAUUAUAUGAUAUAUAAUUAAUGUUAUAAUUUUUUUAGUGGGAAUGUGGGGAUGGUUCAAUUUUAGGCUAAUAAAGGGGAUCAAGGGUAGGCAUUUGAUGUCCUUGUAUUUUCUCUAUCAUUUCUAUCAGUGAUUCAUUUGUACUAAAAAAAUUUCAUUCUUCUAUUUUCUUGUAGUUUUCAGAUUAA